AUGCCCCCAGGGUCCAUGCCAGGGGCCAUCCUAUGGGCGGUGGUGCCCCCUGGAGCCCUCCCAAAUGAGGCGGCUCCCCCAGAGGCACUCCCAGGGUCGUCAGUGCCCUUAGGGGCCUCUCGCAAGAUGCAAAAACAACUGGUCCCAGGGGCCCUACAGGGACAUUGUCCACUGGGGCCCUUGCAUUUGCCCUACCAGGUGCAGAGCCCCCUGUGGCUCUCCCAGGGAUGUAGGUGCCCCCAGGGGCCUCUCCGAAAAUCGAUUGCUCCCCCACUGCCCCUCACAAGAGCGACUGUGCCCCCAGGGUCCAUGCCAGGGGCCAUCCUAUUGGCGGUGGUGCCCCCUGGAGCCCUCCCAAAUGAGGCGGCGCCCCCAGAGGCACUCCCAGGGUCGUCAGUGCCCUUAGGGGCCUCUCGCAAGAUGCAAAAACAACUGGUCCCAGGGGCCCUACAGGGACAUUGUCCACUGGGGCCCUUACAUUUGUCCUACCAGGUGCAGAGCCCCCUGUGGCUCUCCCAGGGAUGUAGGUGCCCCCAGGGGCCUCUCCGAAAAUCGACUGCUCCCCCACUGCCCCUCACAAGAGCGACUGUGCCCCCAGGGUCCAUGCCAGGGGCCAUCCUAUGGGCGGUGGUGCCCCCUGGAGCCCUCCCAAAUGAGGCGGCUCCCCCAGAGGCACUCCCAGGGUCGUCAGUGCCCUUAGGGGCCUCUCGCAAGAGUGACUGCGCCCCUAGGGGCCCUGCCAGGAGCAGUGGCUCCCCCAGGGGCCCUUACAGAGGCGGUGGUGCUCGCAGGGGACCUAAAAAGGACCUGAGAGGGCCUCUCCGAAAAUCGACUGCUCCCCUGCCCCUCCCAAAGAGCGACGCUGUGCCCCCAGGGGUCCAGUGCAGGGGCCAUCCUAUGGGCAGUGGUGCCCCUGGAGCCCUCCCAAAUGAGGCUGACUCCCCAGAGAGAGCCUCCCAGGGUCGUCAGUGCCCUUGGGGCCUCUCACCAAAAAUGACUGCGCCCCCAGGGGCCUGCCAGGCAGUGGCUCCCCAGGGAGCCCUCCCAGGCGGUGGUGCUGGGCCCCCAAAGGCGGCAGCGCCUCCAGCGGCCCUCCUUAGGAGUAGUGGCGCCUCUUGGGACCCUGCCUGGGGCGGUGGUGCCCCCAGGGAACCUCCCAAGGGCGGGGCCGCUACCACGGGCCGAAUGAGGGUGCAGAGCCCCCUGUGGCUCUCCCAGGGAUGUAGGUGCCCCCAGGGGCCUCUCCGAAAAUCGACUGCUCCCCCACUGCCCCUCCCAAGAGCGACUGUGCCCCGAGGGUCCAUGCCAGGGGCCAUCCUAUGGGCGGUGGUGCCCCCUGGAGCCCUCCCAAAUGAGGCGGCUCCCCCAGAGGCACUCCCAGGGUCGUCAGUGCCCUUAGGGGCCUCUCGCAAGAUGCAAAAACAACUGGUCCCAGGGGCCCUACAGGGACAUUGUCCACUGGGGCCCUUACAUUUGUCCUACCAGGUGCAGAGCCCCCUGUGGCUCUCCCAGGGAUGUAGGUGCCCCCAGGGGCCUCUCCGAAAAUCGACUGCUCCCCCACUGCCCCUCACAAGAGCGACUGUGCCCCCAGGGUCCAUGCCAGGGGCCAUCCUAUGGGCGGUGGUGCCCCAUGGAGCCCUCCCAAAUGAGGCGGCUCCCCCAGAGGCACUCCCAGGGUCGUCAGUGCCCUUAGGGGCCUCUCGCAAGAGUGACUGCGCUCCCAGGGGCCCUGCCAGGAGCAGUGGCUACCCCAGGGGCCCUUACAGAGGCGGUGGUGCUCGCAAGGGACCUAAAAAGGACCUGAGAGGGCGGCUGUGGCCCGAGGGGCCCCCAAAGGCGGCAGCGCCUCCAGCGGCCCUCCUUAGGAGUAGUGGCGCCUCUUGGGACCCUGCCUGGGGCGGUGGUGCCCUAGGACCUCCCAAGGGCGGGUCACACGCUCCAAUGGAGGGCCGGGGGCUGCGACCCUCAGAGUGCAAAAACAACUGGUCCCAGGGGCCCUACAGGGACAUUGUCCACUGGGGCCCUUACAUUUGUUCUACCAGGUGCAGAGCCCCCUGUGGCUCUCCCAGGGAUGUAGGUGCCCCCAGGGGCCUCUCCGAAAAUCGACUGCUCCCCCACUGCCCCUCACAAGAGCGACUGUGCCCCCAGGGUCCAUGCAAUGGGGCCAUCCUAUGGGCGGUGGUGCCCCCUGGAGCCCUCCCAAAUGAGGCGGCUCCCCCAGAGGCACUCCCAGGGUCGUCAGUGCCCUUAGGGGCCUCUCGCAAGAGUGACUGCCUCCCCAGGGGCCCUGCCAGGAGCAGUGGCUCCCCCAGGGGCCCUUACAGAGGCGGUGGUGCUCGCAGGGGACCUAAAAAGGACCUGAGAGGUCUGCAGGGCUUCUAA